AUGGCUUUCGACGAUGAUGACCUCAAGGGCAGCAAUGACCAGAACGGUGAUGACGAAGCCAGCAAGCCAUUUCAUCUGGCUGGAGUGUUUGAUUCGAGUCAUGAGCAGGCAGACCGAGAUCUUGACCGAAGCCAUAGCAGCAAAGAGAACAAGCUGGGCGUACCAACUGUACAUGUUGAUAAAUUCCUUGUCGCUCUUGGAAAGCGACACACUGGGUCUUCCCUUGCCUCUCGUCACUGCCGUGAUGGUAAUUGCGGCCUCAAUGACCGUGAGCAUCAUCGCGACUGCGAUGGUGUGGUCAUCCCAGCCGAGGGCUCGGCGCUUCCUGCGAACCCAGAGCCGUAG